CCUUUGUUGACAGCCAGCCUCUUUGCAGCCAGCUGAGUGACAGUGACAGACAAUAAAAAGUGGUGUCGUUUCUAAACACUUCUAAAUUUUUCCACCUCGUUAUUUUCCAAAAUUCUGAUAAUUUAAGAAGUUUCUUUUAACAAGCAUCAAAAUGCCGAAGAAGUUCGCGGGUGAGAACAGCAAGGCGGUGGCGGCACGGCAGCGCAAGGAACAGGCGAAGGAAGAAAAAGAUCAAAAGCUCAAAAAGAUGAUCGAAGACGCACAGUGGGAGGACAAUGAUGAUAAACUCAAGAAAAAACAACAAAAGAAGGAGGAACAAGAAAAGAAGCGUCUAGAGCAGCUCCAAAAGAAAGCAGAAGCAAAGGCACUGUUAGAAAAAGAAAUGGAAUCUAUUAAGAAAGUGAAGGCAGCGCCUCCACCACCAAAGAUCACACGGGCACAGAUCACACAAAUGAAAGAGAAGACAAUCAAAGCAGAGCCUGAGAAUCCGGCGCCUGCUAGGGUGGUAGUAGAAGAGCCACCACUAGAGGAGAAUCUCAAUAGGAUACAACUGGACGGUGAAGUUGCACAGUCUGUUGACGAGGCCAUAUCUUUGCUCACUGACAAGUCUGACCUCGACCGUCAUCCGGAGAAGCGACAGAAGGCAGCAUACACGGCGUUCGAGGAGGCGAACUUGCCGCGACUUAAGGCAGAGAAUCCUACACUCCGACUCUCUCAGCUGAAGCAGAUGCUCAGAAAAGAGUGGCUCAAGUCUCCGCAAAACCCACUCAAUCAAAAAGCUCAGUGAAUCAACCAAUACUUGGUAGCCCAGUCAUAAGAAGCUACUCAAAAUGGAAAUACUUUAUAAGACUAUUUUUCCAACUCUUUCAAAGAAUGGAAAUUAAAAAUCUUUUAUGUACGUAGUUGAUUGAUGUUGUGAAUCCAAUUUUACUUGUGUGAGAAAUGAUGGCAUUAAAUAACAAUUUUAUUUUA